GCGGGGGCUUCCGGCGGGGCCCGGCAGGCGCCGAGGAGGAAGAGCGAGCCCUGACGGCGCCUCUCUGCUGAGUCUCGGCGCGGCCCAGGAUGACGACUUCAGGCGCUCUGUUUCCAAGCCUGGUGCCAGGCUCCCGCGGGUCCUCCAACAAGUAUUUGGUGGAGUUUCGGGCCGGAAAAAUGUCGUUGAAAGGAACUACUGUCACCCCAGAUAAACGGAAAGGGCUUGUGUACAUUCAGCAGACGGAUGACUCGCUCAUUCACUUUUGCUGGAAAGACAGGACAUCGGGGAACGUGGAAGACGAUUUGAUCAUCUUCCCCGACGACUGUGAGUUCAAGCGCGUGCCUCAGUGCCCCAGCGGGAGGGUCUACGUGCUCAAGUUUAAGGCGGGGUCCAAACGGCUCUUCUUUUGGAUGCAGGAGCCCAAGACGGACCAGGACGAGGAGCACUGCCGGAAGGUCAACGAGUACCUGAACAACCCGCCGAUGCCCGGAGCCCUGGGGGCGAGUGGGAGCGGAGGCCACGAGCUGUCUGCGCUGGGCGGUGAGGGCGGCCUGCAGAGCCUGCUGGGGAACAUGAGCCACAGCCAACUCAUGCAGCUCAUCGGCCCCGCCGGCCUCGGAGGACUGGGUGGCCUGGGGGCGCUGACGGGGCCGGGCCUGGCCAGCCUGCUGGGGAGCGGAGGGCCUCCCACGAGCAGCUCCUCCUCCAGCUCCCGGAGCCCGUCAGCAGCGGUCACCCCGUCCUCCACCGCCCCUUCCACGCGCGCCACCCCAGCCCCGUCCGCUCCAGCAGCUGCCUCGGUGAGCAGCCCGAGCCCCGCGCCCAGUCCAGGCAACGGAGCCAGCACAGCAGCCAGCCCGACCCAGCCCAUCCAGCUGAGUGACCUUCAGAGCAUUCUAGCCACUAUGAACGUGCCGGCCGGGCCAGGAGGCAGCCAGCAAGUGGACCUGGCCAGCGUGCUGACGCCCGAGAUCAUGGCCCCCAUCCUUGCCAACGCGGAUGUCCAGGAGCGCCUGCUGCCCUACCUGCCGUCCGGGGAGUCGCUGCCGCAGACCGCGGAGGAGAUCCAGAACACGCUGACCUCACCCCAGUUCCAGCAGGCCCUGGGCAUGUUCAGCGCGGCCUUGGCCUCGGGGCAGCUGGGCCCCCUCAUGUGCCAGUUUGGGCUGCCUGCAGAGGCCGUGGAGGCUGCCAACAAGGGCGAUGUGGAAGCAUUUGCCAAAGCCAUGCAGAGCAGUGCCAGCCCCGAGCAGCAGGAGGGGGGCGGGCAGGACAAGAAGGAUGAGGAGGAGGACAUGAGCUUGGAUUGAGUCGCCUGCUGUCAAGAGGGCUGGCCUCCCGGCCGUGCGACCUCAGCAGUGGCGUGUGUGAGCGCACCCCUCUCACCUCUGUCCCAACUUGCUAUCAAUAAAAGUCUUUUCUUUUA